AUGGAGCAAGGUUCCACGCCGGCCGGCCGAACACCACCCGCACCUCGAGCGUUCUCGCGCGCCUCGCGUGCAUGUCGGCGAUGCAGGCGUCUGAGGGCAAAGUGCUCCAACCAGGGCGCGCCGCCGUGUGAUGGCUGUCGGCAGGCAAACCAGGAGUGCCGGUUUCCGCAACGCGGAGAACCCGACUUUGACCGGGCCUAUCGGAAUCCAACGAAGGCUCCUGGUAAUACCAAUACCACCGUGGGCAACACGGCGCCGUCGCACGCGUCCGAUUACACCCGCAGCGACCCUGGCGACAGCCCAAUGGCAGCAGUCACCCAUGGGACUGCCGUGUCUGCCCCUUUGAUGUCCCUGCCGAGCACGCCGUCGCAGCCGCGUAUGGGCUGGGAGGCGCUGCCGCCAUUUGAAGAGGUCCUCGAGGGAGUGCACACGCUGACGACCUCCUACUUCCAGCUGGGGUUCCUGCCCAAGGCGCUGUUCUUCGAAGAGCUGAGAAAGGAUCGAGCGUCGGUCAGCGUGUUUCUGUUAUUGAGUAUCCUGAGCGUCUCGGCCAGGUUCACUCCGAGCUUGGUGAGACGGUAUCAGGCAACUGCGACCCACGUCUUCCUCAGUCUGGCGUCGUCCCAUGUGCACGAGCAGAUGUUUUCGCCGACACUGGAGUCCAUCCAGGGCUUCUUCCUGCUGAGCAUCGCUGAAUGGGGUAACAUGGACAAGACGAAGUCCUCCAUCUACAUGGGCAUCGCCGUGCGGCUCGCGGGCAUCCUCCGGUUGCAUCGCGAGGAGAGCUACCGGCUCCCAGAGACGGCUACGAAAGAACAGAUUGUCUAUUCGGAGGUUGCCCGACGGACGUUCUGGGUAUUGGAGACAUUCGAAAACUUGCAUUCAGGCUCGGAUUUGCCAAUCGCGUUUUCUUACGGCGAUAUUACGGUACUCCUACCCUGCGACGAACGCGACUUCACGUUCGGCGUACGGCCCAUACAGCGUGCAGCCCUCAUGGGCACACCUCCCGCAGCCGAGGACCCGGGCCUGACUUGGUUGGGCUCGCGCUCGCUCUUCGCAGCAUUGCUGCAGACACACAGCCUCUGGGGGCAAGUAGCGCGCGUAGUCAGCACCGAUGCAGCGAACCUCAGCUCUGGAAUCGGAUCGCGCCUCAGCAUUGGCGAAUACGGAAGACUGUCCCAAGCGCUCCGGGACUUCGAGGAUAACCUGCCCUCGCAGCACUGUUGGUCCGUGUGGAACCUGCGCGGCUUCAAGGCCGAGGGUCUCGAUUUGGCAUAUUUAUCAACGACCAUGGUCUUGCGGCUCAGCAAUAUCAUCCUUCGGCGUGGCUACCUGCAUGAUAUCCUAAGCACUCGACAGGAAGGCGUUCCGCCCGCACAGUCGACCGGGCCGAGCGCGUGGUCGGAGGUGGCUGAGCAGCUCUUUGACAACAUGUUGACCCUGCAUGAGCAGAUCAAGGCCUUCUUCGAAUACCGCUCCCCCGACCAAGGCUACCCGGCACUCAUCGUCUUCUGUGUCUAUGUCUGCGGGUCGCUGGCUAAUAACUUGCGUCUACAAACCAAGGUCUGUCCCAGAGUGGCCCCUGAGGCUCAACAAGUGUUGCACGAAUCGAUACGGGGCCUGGGUGACCUCCAGUCUGCCUGGCCGCUUGCUCGACGGUGGCAUCUGGCUCUGUGCAAGGCCAGCGAGUCCGUUGUGACGGAGAGCUCAAGGUCAUCGGUAGAACAUGGACAGGGACCGCUGGCCGAGAGUGGUGGAUCAAUGCCGGCACAGGUGGAGUUCAACCCGAGUGAGGGGAUCUCGGGGCUUGACGUACAGUUCAAUAACCCCUUCCCUUCGGACAAUAUGUAUGAAGUGUUUGAGGCAUAUCUAUGGGGUGAUUUGGCAAAUUGGCGCGAUGGAGACAUGUACAAUGAGCCGCUCAUAGCGCCCCCUUUUGGGUAA